AUGCUGAAAUCGAACAAGGUGUAUUCGGCAAAAACGAACGACAAAGGAGAGGCAAUUUUCAUGCUUCCAAUUCGGCAGAAGUAUUUCAUUGAUUUCAACUACCAACGUGACGCAAAAGAAAUAGAUCUUUCCAAAGUCAAAGGAAUCGCCGAACAAUCCAUGCACGUUCACUAUACUCCCGAUCCACGCAUGGAAAACAUUGAGGAUUUCAUCCCAUCGGUAGAAGAACUGAUUGAAUAUGAUGUCCAGAACUUCAUCGACAAACAAUAUCCAGAACCUGAAAUGGGAGACAUCGAUUUUCAAUUGAGCUGGGGAAACAAGUUCAAUAAAAAAUCAAAAGAGGCACUACUCGAAGUCGGUAUGAAAGUCAAAUCCAAGAUGGAACGCAAAGCCGCCCCUCUGAAUUUAUGCUUCGUGAUUGAUAAAAGUGGAUCGAUGAUGGGCGACGACCGCAUCGAACAAUUAAAAAAAUCCCUCAUUGAUUUUAUCAGUCGCCUCGACUCUACCGACAUUAUUUCGGUCGUUGUUUUCGACGACCAACCGCGUGUUGCUGUUCCAGCUGAACAACUGGGAGACAAACAAAAAGCCAUCGAUAUCAUUCAUGCCAUUCGAGCUGGAGGUGGAACAGUAAUCUAUUCGGGACUUGAAAAAGGCUUCGACGAAGUCAGAAAACACCACUCUACCGGUUUUGUCAAUCGGGUAAUGCUACUUAGUGAUGGAUAUGGAUCGCGGCCACCAAAAGAAAUCGUAGCCAUGGCGAAGCGAAACAUCAAACUGGGCAUUGAACUUUCAGCUGUUGGUGUUGGAACAAAUUACAAUCAAGCCUUGCUUUCGCAACUUGCAUCUGCUGGUGGCGGAUUGAUGCAUUUAGCCGGAAACGCAAAAAACAUUCAGGAUGCCUUCCGACAUGAAUUGGAAAGUGUACUGUACGCAGUAGCCAGUAAAGCGAAACUGGAAGUACUUUACAACAACGAAAUCGUUUAUCGACAGUUGUUCGGAUAUGUGAAUGAGAAG